UUUCUCUGCAGUGGGAUCAGACCAACAGUCUUUGCAACAGGUCCAAGAGGAAACCAGGCAGUCCCAGUAAUGAUAGGAUGAAGGUCUGAGGAUCAGAAGGUCUAAAGGUCUGAGGGUCUGUAACAACCUUCUGGUCUUCUGGUCUGACAGGGUGAAGGUUCUGAGUACUAUCUGCCUGAUCUGAUGCCACAGAGUUCAGAUGUACCAACAUGAUGCCGACGUUUCUCACCGUGUUCCUCAGUGAGGACAAGCAGCACGUCAGCGAGGUUCCCGUCACCCCGGACACGCUGUGCAGAGACGUGGUGGAACUCUGCAAGGAACCCGGAGAAGACGAGUGCUACCUGUCCGAGUCCUGGAGAGGAUCAGAGCGCAUUGUCAAUGAGGGGGAGCGGAUGCUGGAGGUGCUGCAGCAAUGGGGGAAGAAGAGAGGAGAGGUUCAGUAUCUGCUGCACCACCAGAGGCCUCCAAGACGAGACUCAGGUGGAUCCAGAACUGCAGAUCACAUGAUCAAAAGUAACCAGAUGAAGGAUUCUACAUUCUGUUAUGUGGCAAACUCGGUUUCUUCUGCUCCUGCUGAAAUGAUGCUGAGCGAGCUGCAGGAUCUGGCAACUCGUCAGCAGCAGCAAAUUAACGCUCAGAAAAAACUGCUGGCCUCCAAAGAGCAGCAGAUGAUGAACCUGCAGCUGGAGGAUCAGUGGCACCACCAGCAGGAACUGUCUGAUCAGGACCGGCUGCAGCGGCUCAGAGAAAAUGCACAGAAGCAGGAGGCCAAGCUUCACCGUGUUCGGGCCCUCAGGGGCCAAGUGGAGCACAAACGCCACAGCAACAGCAAACUAGUGGAGGAGGUUGAUCAGAUGACCGGAAUGUUUCAGCAGAAGCAGCGGGAGCUGCUGCUCGCCGUGGCCAGGGUGGAGGAGCUGAGUGGCCAGCUGGAGGCGCUGAGGAGCAGCAGACUGCUGGAGAAUCCUCUCUCUCACCACUGCACCUCCUCCUCGGUGGAGCUGGAGCUCCUUUAUAAGGAGCUGCAGCUGAGGAACAAACUGAACCAGGGUCAGAGCGACAGGCUGCAGCAGCAAAGAGAAAGUCUGAACAAAAGGAACCUGGAGGUGGCGGUGUUGGACCGGCGGCUGCUGGAGCUGCGACAGCGGCUCUGGAAGAAGAAAGCCGCGCUGCAGCGGCAUGAAAACCCACCUGUGGCGCCUGACAGUACGACCCCUCAGCAUGGGGGGGGCUCCAGAGUGGCGGCAGUGGGACCGUAUAUCCAGUCAACCUCCAAAUCUAAGAAUCAGGCGCCUCCGUUGCCACCUCGCCCAGCGGUUGUGACAAAGCCAGUGUACCUGGACGGCAUCACCACACUUCCCAGACCAGAUACCACCGUGAAGCCGCCGCCCAGACCACUUAAACCAGCCGCAGGUAUCACCCAAUCACAUGUUACCAAACUGUCUGAUUGGAAGAAGUCCUUUGCUGAAUCCAGCGGCGGCUGUAGCCACGCCUCCACGCUGCCGCAGAUGUCCAGGACCAUCAGCCACGGCGAGGGCGGUGAGACCCCAAAGGACAAGAAGAGACUGUCUGGGUCCAGCAUCCCGCCCCCUGUCCCCGUACGGACCAAUCAUAUCACUGAGAACAUGCACAGGGACAAGCAGAGUUCAAGCAAAGGUCAGGGCAUGAUGUCCACUCCGCCCCCACUGCCCAGUGAGCCAAACCCCUCCUUAAUCAAGCCCGCCUACAGCACCGGAACAUUCCCCGGAAAGGUCCGGACAGGUGGGGGUAACCUGAAGGCUCUGUCGGAUUUGUCCACCUACAGCAACACCCUCCCUCUGCCAAACAAGCCGGACAACCCGCCAGCCGCUGCUGUGCGACCUUAUGCCCUGGACCCUGCCGAGGCUCCUCCUUCUGUGUUACAGAAACCUCAGACUCUGACGGCGUCCUCCAUCUACUCCAUGUACACGCAACAAGCUACACUGGGGAAGAGCUACCAGGCAAACGGACAGGGAACACUGACCCGGGGCCCGCCCAGAGUGUAUGGAAAACCGGCCCUCCCAACCAGUGGGGGGCAGCAGGCUGAUGGCUCAGAUGUCACCAGUGUGAAUUGCUGCUCUUCUGUGACUGACAGGAAUGAGGUGGACACAAGUUGCCAAACUAAAGGUGAUGGAGUUGGUGCAGAAGCAACAGAGUGCAACCCCCCUCGACCCCUCAGUCCCACCAAGCUCCUCCCCUUCCUGUCCAACCAUCACAGGAAUCCCAACGAUGGCGACCUGGAUGCCUUCCGCCGCCGGCUUCAUCACGCCCCAAGGCCCCUGAAAAAACGCAACUCCAUCACAGAGCCUGAGGGUCCAGCAGGACCAAACAUCCAGAAACUGCUCUACCAGAAGGCCACCCUUGCUGCCAUGGAAACCAUCCCCAUGGAGACGGUCACUAUGACAGAGACACACACUGAGCCUGCAAGAACCAAGGAUGUCAUGUCCAGUGCAGGUGAGAACAUCCAAAAGAAAGCGGAACCCACAGACAACAGCCAGGCCCCGCCCCCUCUACUGCCCCACUCGCCCAUCGCCGACCCCGCCUCCUGGAGUGUGUCAUCACCACCUGUGGAACAUGAGGAGGAGACUAACCCGACAACUUCGGCCUCUCCCGAUCAAUCUACAGAGGAGUACCCUCCAUACCCGCCUCCACUGUACCCCUGCUAUGAGGAGCCGGAGCCUGGUAACCGCAGAAUCAGCCUACAGCCACCGGAGGUCACAGGACAGGUCGCCGUGCAGCCGGUAAAGCGGUCGAUCCUCCACCGAGCCGGCUCGCGGCGGCUCGACCGCGGCCUGCGGGUUAAGUUCAGCCCUCUGGCCCUGCUGCUGGACUCGUCCCUAGAGGGCGAGUACGACCUCGUCCAGAGGGUCAUCUACGAGGUGGACGACCCCAGCGCCGCGAACGACGAGGGCAUCACAGCGCUGCACAACUGCGUCUGCGCCGGACACAUGGACAUCGUCAAGUUCCUGGUUCAGUUUGGUGUCAACAUCAAUGCUGCUGACAGCGACGGCUGGACUCCUCUCCACUGUGCUGCUUCCUGUAACAACGUUCAGGUCUGUAAGUUCCUGGUGGAGUCCGGGGCAGCUGUGUUCGCCACCACCUGCACUGACAUGCAGACCGCUGCCGACAAGUGCGAGGAGCUAGAGGACGGCUACGCCCAGUGCUCCCAGUUCCUCUACGGUGUUCAGGAGAAGAUGGGCGUGAUGAACCGCGGGGUGGUUUAUGCCCUGUGGGAUUACGAGGCCCAGCGUGAAGACGAGUUAGACUUCAGCGAGGGCGACUGCAUCACGGUGCUGAGGCGCGACGACAAGCUGGAAACGGAGUGGUGGUGGGUGCGCUGCGGCGACCACGAGGGUUACAUCCCUCGCAACCUGCUGGGGCUGUACCUGAGGAUCAGAGCACGUCAGAGGAGUCUGGCUUAACGGACACAAAGAACUGAAGCGUGUUUGAGCCACGGAGGAUAAAUUAAAUUAAGAAACAUCCCGACAACAUCAAACUAAACCGUUUAAUCCACAUGGCUGCUGCCAGACACACCAACGCUUUGUCUUUGAUUUACUGUUCUGAUCAAAAAUUAAAGUAUAUCUAAACAAAUGUGACCAGCAUCAGCCACCA